CAUGAAUAAAAGCAGCUUUCUAGUAACAUAUUAUUCCUGUAAAUCGAGGGGUUAUUGUACAGUGCUAUUUUAAUGCAGUAGACCAUUAUAUUGCACAGAUUUUUUUGCCAUGUUUUGGUUAUUGCACUAUUGAAAAAUUGCGGCACAAUUUCAUACAACACUUCAUAAAAUUAACUUAACACGGUUCCAUUUGCGGGUACGAAAAAAAAUUCCCCAGCUCAAGCUGCCGCCUUGUUGUGGGUCAGUGGGGGAGACCUACUCCCAUCCCCUGCCACCCCCAACACAUCCACCACCCCUAUCCCAGCCUUUGUGAAUACGUAUCCAGUAUGAAUGCUCCCUAGGAGCUAGCUGUGUUUGUGAAUUGUGUUUUGAUCUUUCAGUUGCCAUAUCUUGUAUCUGCCAAGCAAUCAUGGCACCCAGUAGGCAUAUGAGUGUUGCUGAAAGUGACAAGAAAAGGUAUAAGCAUUUAAGUCUUAGAGUUACAAAGAAAAUAGUGACAUUAGACAAGAGAGAGCCUAUGGCCUUAAUGAAGCAUCAGUUUGUACAAUUAAAAAUUACGAGGUAAAUAUAUGAGUUUGUGUGAUGAAUAACUGAUUGACUUGACUGACUGACUUGACUGAUUUACUGGCUUGACUGAUUUACUGACUUUACUGAUUUACUGACUUGACUGACUGACUUGACUGACUGACUUGCUUGACAGACUUGCUUGACAGACUUGCUUGACAGACUGACUUGCUUGACAGACUGACUUGCUUGACAGACUGACUUGCUUGACAGACUGACUUGCUUGACAGACUGACUUGCUUGACAGACUGACUUGCUUGACAGACUGACUUGCUUGACAGACUGACUUGCUUGACUGACUUGCUUGACAGACUGACUUGCUUGACUGACUUGCUUGACUGACUUGCUUGACUGACUUGCUUGACUGACUUGCUUGACUGACUUGCUUGACUGACUUGCUUGACUGACUUGCUUGACUGACUUGCUUGACUGACUUGCUUGACUGACUUGCUUGACCGACUUGCUUGACCGACUUGCUUGACCGACUUGCUUGACCAACUUGCUUGACCGACUUGCUUGACUGACUUGCUUGACUGACUUGCUUGACUUUACUGACUGACUUGGCUGACUGACUUACUUGACUGACUUACUAACUUACUUGACUAACUGAUGACUGAUUGACUGACUUUAAGUUAGACUUUUUCACUGAAGAGGACCCAGACAAAUCUAGAAGCAGUUAUCUGAAAUGGUGUCUAGAGUAGCUGAUGCUUUACCGUCAGUUGUGUAAUGUACUGCAGGGUAAAAUAGAACAAAAAAAAAAAAUUACAGAAUUUAUGCACACUCCAAUACAACUAUCAACUUCAGUACCAGAACCUCUACCAUCCACCUCAGCCCAGUAGGGCCACAACAUAACUCUCCACUCUCUACACAAUCAUCCACAAACACCAGCGCCCACAAUUUAAGGUAAGAAAUACUAUUAUUUCUGUUAUAUUUGUAGCCUUAAGCAGUAAAAACAACAUAAUACAUCACAACAGUGAACAACAAUUACAUAUUCACUUUUAUUUUUGUAAGAUCUGGAGGUCUAAAAAAAAGUUGUUUGGCUUUUUUGGGGCUCCCAGACAUGCAACCCUAUUUUUCCCAUAAGUUCUUCAGUUUUUCUAACAUGGAUUUACCUAACACAGCAUUUUCAGGAACGUAACUGCCGUGCAAUAUAACAGUCUACUGUAAUUAUUAAAUGAAUUUAUUUUUUUCAUCAAAUUUUUGUGAUUAGUAAUUGUUGGAAAAUGAAUGAAGGUAAUAUUAAGCACAGUAUGCUGUAGUACUGGGUAUAGAGCCUUGGGAUUUCUGUGGUAUCAGAAAAAAAUAUUACUUUUAAUUUUUUCAUUGUCCAGCCAACUGCUUUGGUUCAACACUUGAAGACUCUUUGCACUGUUGCUUUAUUAGCAAAGAUGUAGUAAACUUUAGUCUCUUAAAAAUAUCUACAUAGUAAACAGUGAAACAUUACAUGACCAAAUUCAGUUUUUAGUAUUACUUUUUUUAGUCAUUUAAAUUUCAGUGUUAAGAAGUCAGAUCAUAAAAUAAAAUUAGUGUGCGUGUCUUGGUUGUAAACUAGAGCACAUCCUCCACAUUAAUAGUGUGUGAGGAACACAUUGUUGGAAGAAAUAUGCUCCCAGUGGACUAGCAUGUGUAACAAUAAUAAUGAAAUGGUAUUAUUAGUGCAUGACUGCACUGCCUUCAUGAAAACUUGAGAACAUUUACUAUUACUAUAGUAAAUAUAAGCCAAUGAUAUUUGGUAUCUCAGGCUUGGAGGAGAAAACCAAAGCUACUGCAGCAUCAGUGGUGGGCACCAUGGCUGGCCUUAAGAACAGUUUAUUAUCUGGAGGCGGUGGUGGCGGUGGAGGUAGCAGUGGGGGAAAGAUGGCAACAGCUGCAGGUGGUGGUGCAGGGGGUGUGAUGGCAGCUGUGGCUGCUGCUGCUGCAGCUGCAGCUACUUCUGCUGCCCCUGCUGCACCACCUGCAACAACAAACCCUCCCACUUCUAACAAAGAGCAUAGAACUGAGAGUAGUGCAGACUCUGUGCGUCCUGACCGCAAGUCCAGUAGCAGCCAGCUGAGCAGUACCCAGCUGUGCAGCAAUCAACUAAUUAGCGCACGUAAACAAGAGAUCAUCAAGGCAACUGAGCAGCUGAUUGACUGUAUAAAUGGUGGAGACUUUGAGGGUUAUACGUGAGUAUAGUAUAACAGUCACUAUGUUUGCAAUACUUUA